ACGGCACCUUAUUCCAAUGCGACAAUUUUCACACUGCAGUGCCGGAUCACAAUUCGCGUACGCGGCACGCGCUCUCGUACCGAAAGAAUUGGAAUGCGACCGAAUAUUUCUUCCGUUCGCGAGCACCGUUAACCGAUUUCAUUUCUCCGCCGCGUUACGUAUACUAAUUUUGCGCGUUAAAUAAGGUAACGACAACGCGCCGCGCUUGUGUUGAAUCGUGGUGACUCGAGGAGAUACUUGACACGGGAAAAUAAACGUUUGUGCGAGGAUAAAUAGGAGGAACGAGCGAGGGGUCGUAAAGCAGUGUAAUUCAAUGAGAAGGUCCACAAAGAUGAAAAAGAGAUUGUUGUGGUGCGGUUUCGCUUUCGCCGUCGUGCUCCUCAUCCUUAUGAUCUCGACCGAGAGCAACAUCAUCCAAAGGAUACCGUUCCUCGACAUGAUGACCGUCAACGAUAUCAGAUGCUACGACCAAGUGUCGACUACAAAAGGCAUCCGUGACUUUGACUUGGAAACAAGCGUCGACAAGCCAACGCCGGGUAGGAACAUCUUCUUCCACGAAACUUCUUGUUUCGGCGAGGAGGGCCUCGUGUUAAGCCCUCGGCAAGCCUGUGCCGUAGAAUCGGCGGCGCGGAUGAACCCGUCGAUGGCCGUGUACCUGCUAUUCGUGAGCAGGUCGGACUUCUCCAACGGCACGCGCGAGAUCGUCAGGCAUCUCCACAAUUAUCCUAACAUCCGGAUCCGUCACAUCAAUCCGCAGACGUACGUCAACAACACGCCCUUGGACGCAUGGUACACCAGCGGAGUCUUGAAGAAAAGCCAUUGGCCGGUCAGUCACAUGUCCGACAUGCUGCGCUACCUGACUUUGUGGAAGUACGGCGGUAUUUAUCUUGAUCUGGACGUAGUAGUCACCAGCUCGCUGGAGAGUCUGACAAAUUUUGCCGGCGCCGAGGACUGGGACGACGUCGCCGCCGGCGUCAUGGGUUUUGAUAUGUCGAAGCUGGGUCGACGCGUGGCCGACGCUUGCGUGCGCGAUCUGAAAAAGAAUUUUCGCGGCGACGUCUGGGGCAACAACGGACCUGGGGUUAUCACGAGGACACUGCAGAAACUCUGCGCGACGAUGUAUGCACGCGAUAUGACAACCGACCGUUGCCACGGCUUCACAGUAUACCCGCCAUCGGUUUUCUAUCCGGUUCAUUAUAAAAAGUGGAAGAAGUAUUUCGAGAUGAAAGACAGCAACGCGACUUUGAAGACACUGAACAAGGCGAAGGCGAUUCACGUGUGGAACAAGUUGAGCAAGGCCGAAAAAGUGCGAGUAAACAGUAACGUGCCGUACGCUGUUAUCGCACGGAAUUAUUGUCCCUAUAUUUUCAACAAUUGCGGCAAGAUAUUUUGAGUCCGCGCGCAGUUGCAAAUCGUACCACAAACAGUGGAACGCUCGUUUGACCAACGCGAUUGGAAACAUUCCAAGCGCGGCAUCCGUAGAACGAUCAGUUUAUCUGAAUCGGAAGAACGAUGACACACCCGUCGUGUCAGAUAAAAUGCAUUUAAUGAGACAAAGGCUGAUUUAGAAAAGUACUCCAUUCACUGCUUUUUCUCUAAGCGUAUACAUAAAGGAUAUAUUUAUAAUGUUUGAUGGAGACGAACGCCAUUUUAAACGUUACUACGAAUUACCGCGGUUAAGCGAUUAAGUAUUAAGAAUAAAUCGCUGCCCUGUACGAUUUAAUGCAGCUGCUAACGUAUAAUUUCGUACGUUUAAGUUAAAUAUAAGGCAAUCUCGUCGUAAGUCAGACGUUGAUUGCUUAGUACGAAGAAUAGGUCAUUUUCUCCUCUUAUGGAGACAAAGAAGUCUAUUUUUACACUUGAAGAGGCUCAUGAAAUCGUAUUUUUCCCAUUUGACGUAAGAGCAGAACAAUUUUGUUUCCAUCGUACAAAAUUUCCUAAAAUGACAUUCUUUACACUCGAUAAAUCUUAAAAAUGGCCAGGAUGGUUUAUCCUUGCUGAAUAAAUUUUAAUAUAUAACGAAUGUACAUUUACAUAAUUUACAUAAAUUUUAUACAUACUCGAGAAUGAUAUCUGUUCUAUAUAAAAUAUAUUACAGAUCUAGUCUACUCGGUAUAACAGUAUAUUAAUUGUCGGUACAGUAAAGUCUUCAAAGUGAAAUUAUUUACAGAGUAUUUACAGCAAAGCAAACAGAGGCUAUUUAGCAAUACAUUUAGCAAUACAUACAUAACAUUUAUACACCAUUGUUGUCCGCAUCUACUGUAAAAAACAAAAGAUUUGGUGCAUACGGAAUGGCAGUUACAUACACAUACACAUACAUACACAAAAUGAAUCUGUCGGUACAAACUAUUAAAGACAACCAAUUGUUUCUAAUAUUAUUAUUAUCAAAGAGUUCAGCAUGCGACGCUAGUUAACCCCAUUUUUUAAGAAUUUGAGACUCUUAAUUAAAAUUACAUUUUUUAAGACUAAUGUAAGAUUAGUUUCUUCAAGUUCUUAAAAAAGCGAGCUGGGUUAUUGGGCUUUUUGAUUGUAUUGUAUUGUAGAUAUUAUAAAUAUUACUGCAUUAACAACAAUUUGCUGUACAUAAACAGGCAGUUUAAAUACCAGACUAUCGUAACUUUACUGAAAUUUAUCUUUUUGCAAAUUGCGAACGAUAACAUAUUAUCAGAUACAUAUGGCUGUGCGAUUUUAGUUUAUGACCGGAAAUAAUGACGUAAAGAAUAUACUGGCUGAAUUUACGUACGCAAUUUAUCGAAUAAUCUAUAGGUAGAUAUUUUUAGCUGCACAAAUGCGAACAUAAAUUUGUAAUAUACGUGGUAAAUGAAUACAUAUCCAUCUUUCUC